CAACAGGAAGUAACUUACACAUUGUACUGACGCAUUCCGGAGCUUUGCUACGUUUGGAAUUCUUUUCGAUGCCCCAAACACUAAAACCCCCAAUAAGUUCUUAUUUUUAUGUAGAAUUCCUAGGUAGAUUUCGAGAUCAUCAGCGAUGUCGCAGGCAACCAAACGCAAGCAUGUCGUCAAGGAAGUUCUUGGAGAUUACGUCACACCCAGUGAGAACCAGCAGAUCAUGAGAAUUUUGGGAACCAAUGGUAAUAAUCUCCAUGAGGCCGUGACCGAAAGCGGCGAGAGGUUUCUGCUCAGCAUGCCCACGAAGUUCCGCAAGAACAUCUGGAUCAAAAGAGGUGAUUUUGUGAUAAUAGAUCCUAUUGAGGAGGGUGACAAGGUGAAAGGAGAGAUCAGCUUCAUACUGUAUAGGGACCAUAUCCAGUACCUGAAGAAACUUGGCGUCUGGCCAAAAGGAUUCAUGACAGGUGGUGUGUCCGAGGAGAGGAAGGUAGGUCCAGAGAAAGAACAAAGCCAACAGCAGCAAGAGGAAGAAGAAGAGCGUGAUGGCAGCGACACCGACGAUGACCUUGAUCUUUUCGUUAACACAAACCGGGCCGCUGUUCUCUACAGCGAGAGUGACGAAGACUUGGACGAAGAGGAGGAGGAGGAGGAGCAGGAAGAGGAAAAUAAGUGAGCAGAGGACAUUUAGGUGGUGAAUUCUGCGCAUAUAAAUUAGGACUGACUUUUCUUCUGAAGAGGUUAAAACAAUUUGCUUUAAUUCACGUCCUUAAUUGAGAUCACUUAUUUAUCUGAGUAGACCUUAUUCAAAUAAGCCAAAAGCCAAGAAGAAAAUAUUUUAAACAAAACAGGAAAACAGCUUUGUGGUUGACCAUAGAUGACCAAGAGCAGGUUCCCUAGACCGAGAUUCAUCUUAAGCCUCGACUCAAAAAGUUUGAGUUCUGAAACCACCUGUGCUGAAGUUUCAUACAAGAUCAGGCCUAAUCCACAUCAGGGAAACCCACAGCUAUUUCUUUAUGCAUAUCAAAUUAUAGGUAAUUCAGUAACGUUUAUAUGGCUGAUUUGGGAAAAGCUGCCUCCCCUAAUGCUUUGAAGCAGAAGCAUUUUUAACCUCAGUGGGAUGAAUAAUGUAUUUUGAAGGUGAUUCUUUGUGUCAAAAAAAGCUUGUUUGUGUGAUUUUGUGUGUAUAUAUAGCAGUAAACCUUUUUUUAAAAAUAUAUGGCAAUAACAAUU